AAUCAAGGCGCCCCAGAGCGAUCCCUCUCUCUCCCCCACCCUCCCGCGCCACCUAAGACUACGCAUUUCGUUUCGGAUCCUUGCAUGAUCCUUGCACGAACAGCGCCGUCUCUCCUUCCGGGAGGAAAGCAACGAAAGCAAAACCGCUCUCUGGAAAAUGAGACUUUUCCAAGAAGGCGCAGAUAAAACUUCCCCAAAGCAAACGAGAUCACCCACCUCGCCCGCCUCCCUCGGAGGGGCCGCCUACCUCGUCCGCCGAUUGGAGGAGGGAUCCGCGUUGCCGGUGGGGCGGCCUUAGCCAAGCCGGGCUAGUCGGUGGUUCCGCUGCGCGAGUGUCUUCCUGCUUCGCUCUCUUUCGGCGCAAGCCAUGGCCUCUCUGGUGGAUCUGGAGUGCAUCGCGGAUGGAGUCAAGGCGCCGAUUUGCACCAGCAGCUUCUUGUUCCGUGAGUUGAAGGAGGGCUGGCCUGUCGCUGCCUGGAAAGAGAGGAAACGGGGAUAGGCGAGCAUGUAGGUGGAAAGGGGGAAACGGGGCCCUUUGGGGCAAAACAGGAAAAGGCAUUUGGGGGAUGUUCAGAGGGACCUCUUACUGGGAUCUGGGUCGUUUAGACUUGAGCCUUAAUGGGAUUUGUUUGAACUGGGUCUCUAUAUGUUCAAGGCCCGGAAGCACGUGGCGUGGCGACGCUAAGUUAUCCCGGUGCCGCGUGCGCCUCUUAAAGCCCCAGAUGCGUCCACGUGGCUUGCUUGGCUCGUUACACUGCAGGAGCAGGAGGGGUAUUUCCCACCGAAAAUGCAUUUAGAUCUUUCGUACCGUAAGAUCUGCCUAUGUUGUAAUCAGACGAGCGGCGAAUAUUUCUUGACCCUAGAACAGCAGUUCGGUGCACGUGGGUUUUGGAGUCCACGUGCAUCACUGAGCUCAGUGAGACUAGCUUCGGCCUUCGGGUACAUCAGACUACAAAUAAUGUUUCUGGGGCCUUCUAGUUUACAUCGGGAACAUAGCACAGUGGAUUAUAUCCUUCUGCGGCAGUCCAGCAAAUGAAACCAUUAGAAAUAUAAAUUCUGUGUACAUGCAGUAUGAGAUAACAUAGCUAUAUUAAUGACAGCAAUAAAAGUUUUUGUUAGAAAACUGAAACAAAUUAUUGCAUUUGAAAAUUGUUUAAAAAGAUUUUGGGGACAUUCUGAUUAAUUUCAAAAACGCAUUCAAGAAAGGGAAGAUUUAAAAAGUGUGAAUGGUAAAUAAGAAUACUUUGUAAAGAGUGGAUUUGUUUCCAAAUGGUCAAACGCCAUCUUGCAGAGUGGCACAACUGCUUUUGCAAUAGUGAAAAAUACGCCUUAGUUGAAUCGCACACCUUAUCCUCAUCCCCACCUUAUUUUAAUUAAAGUAUCAAUUUGGUACUAGGGUCCAACAAAACACUGACUAACCCAGAUGUUGUAAUCUUAAUUUAAUUUCUUCAUUGGUCAAUCAGGAAUAGCUGGAGGGAGGGAAGUAAAAUAAGGACAUAAACAAAAUGCCCAGAUGAAAUAUUGAACUCAUAGUAAAUAAUGGAAGGUAACUAAUGUUCCCCCCACUUAAACAAAGGACAUUACAAAGAAGACGGUGUUAUAAAUGUGCACAAUGAAAAUGUUAACUUCUGUGUUAAGGUAAAGCAAGCAUAGAGCAGAAUUGUUGUCCGCAGGAGAAAAAAAUACUCCUGGGGUCCAACACUGCAUUUUGUCUGCUCAGGAAUAUCUUCCCCACCCCUCAAAAACAGGAAGAUUAUUUAGUGCUCUAGUGGUAGUAUAAACAAACAAAAAAUGAAUUUAAGGUAGAAUUCCAAGUUAUUUUGCUUGCCCUCUUUUGAGAAAUUGCUGAGGAUAGAAGGGACCCAGUGAGCUUAUGCAUUUGGUAGCUUCACUUUCCCAUUCAUUUCUACAAGAAUAAAUUGAAUACCUAACAGCUUAAAGUGAGAAGCAUGUGAAGAAAACACCAUUCUAAAAGUUUUAUAAAUGUUUCAAAUAGCUGGCUUGAAAGGGUUAAGAAGGAAGUUGUUCAGUUUCUUGCAAAUCUGCUGCUUUUAGAAAAAUUGACUUAUCAGUUGCAAUAUUUGUUUGUUUCUCUUCCCCCCCCCCCACCCCAGGAUGUGAGCUGAACAGCAGUACCCGAUCCUACACUUUUAAAGUGUCUGACGAAGAUGACUCUGAUCAUAUCUUGGCUUUGAAUAUGGUGAGAGAGGUUACAUGCUUAGCUUGGAAAACCAGGACCCGGACCCGUUAGCAUGACCUAGUAUUUGAGAACUCAGCUAGUAGCCAGAGGUGACCAGGAGUUCUACAUAGGCAAAUCUCUCUUCAAAUACUAGGCACCACUUGGUUUCUUUACUAGUUACCUGGAAGGAUGAGCCUCAAACCAGGAGAAAUCUUAAGUUUGCCCAGUCUUGUGCUGUGAGUUGGCUUUUGGACUUCUAUGCUCCUGUUUUUGAAGAGGGACCUAAAGUUCCCCAGAAGGCCUUUGGGUAGAGGUUAUGCUUUUUUACUCUUCUGGUUGCAUCUGUUAAUGGAUGAUCUCACACUCCUAGCUGCUUGUUCUUCAUGGGGUUUGGGGAGGGGGGUAUUAUCUUUUUGUUAAGUAUUGCUGAAUAUUUUGGUUUUUACCCUUCUUUCCACUUUGUCCUUCCAUCUUCAAGAUUUGCCUGUCGGAAGGUGCCAAGGAUGAGUGCAAUAUUGUGGAGUUUGUGGGGCACGACUAUCAGGACCAGGAGAUUGUGGUGCCAGUGGCCAACCUAAAGUUGUCGUGCCAGCCUUCGGUAAAAGAAACAGUUGGGCGCAUGGGCAAUGUGGGAGGUGGGCAUAUGGUGGCUACAGGGUCUGAAAGGGCUAACAGGAAGACCUGGUGAGGGUGGGGGAGAAGGCUGAGUUUGCAAGACCUGAGAUCUUUGUCAUGGAGCAGGCUCCUUUAGGUCAUCAGUUCAAAUGUGUGGUUUGAUGCAGUGUUUUUAGUGUGACUUGAAAGGUGUCAGCAAGAACUUAAUUUGUUCCGGUUGUUAGUAAUUAUUGUUGUUGUUGUUAUUUGUACCCUGGCCGGGCUCAGGGCGGCUAACACCGUAAAGCUAACACAGUAUACAAAGAACAUAAGAACAUAAAAACACGCAAUCAAUUAAUUAAAAUCUUAAAAUUAGUUCAGAGCAAAUUAAAAUCUGGACAGAUGGCAGUCCAUGGGUAAAAUUGAGAGUGGUUAAUAUUCUCCAGGGCUAACUGUUACCACUGGUCUUAUAAAGGACCUGUGAGCAGGCUAGGAGGCCUCUUUAAUGCUUGUUCUUAUACAGAAAGAAAAGAAUCAGACUGAACCCCGACCAAAGCCUGGGGGAACAGCUCUGUCUUGCAGGCCCUGUGGAAAGAUGUCAAACCCAUUCAGCUGUGUGUGAGAAUUUCAUGGCUGGGACAAUAGAAAAUAGACUUGCUAGUGUCUUGGCUCUCUAGCCCAGAAGCAAGAGGGGAAGAAAAAAGCUCGGUGUCUAGUUGCUCUAAAUGGGAUCUGGAGACAUUCCUUCCUCCCAUCACAUCUUCCUCUCCUUCUCCUUUCUCAGUUGUGUUUGGAAGAUUUCGAGCUCCAACCCCCGGUGACGUUCCGCCUGCGCUCAGGAUCUGGCCCUGUCCACCUUGCAGGACAACACCAAAUAUGUAAGGAGGCUGGACUGGGAUUUGGGGAGCUACUGAGAGCAAAGGGGGUUCCUAGAAAUUAAGAGAAGAGAAGUGGGUGUUCUCUCUUAGGGAGGGAUGUGCUGUGACAGACUCCUCCAUCCAUUUUGGGCCUGUGGGCACAUUGCAGAGUUUGAGGAACUGUUGUGGCCACUGCCACAAAAUGGCUGCCACAGGUAAAAGACAAGAAACUGGGUACAAGGCGGAGACUGGGGGUGAGCCACACAAGCCAAACCACAUACUUGAAAAUCCCCCUCCCUGAAGGAAAAGUGGCUAUACUUGGGUACAAAACUGUCCCCAUCAAAUACAUACAUGCUGCUUUCCCCCCGUUUGCAGCAGUGGGUCUCCCUUUUGCUCCCUACUUUUUCCUUUUAAAAAAGGUGGUUUGGUUGGUCACACUGAAAAGCAAAUCCCCAGCUCCAGCUGCCCUGUGUCCCUCCUUUCCUUGUCUUAGAGUGGGGUAAAGAAGCUGAAACUUGCCUUCCUGUGAUUAAACCAGCAGCAACAACCAUAGGAGAGCCAGGGCACCUUGGAAGGCACUGCUGAGGUGUCUUGAGGCAUGGGGGGACACUUUAAAACAGGCUACUUGGAGGAAUGUCAUUUGUAUAGUCAAAAGCACCCAAUGUGUGGCUUUGCUCAGUGGUGCGCUCUGUUCAGAGUUGCGUGUAGGUUGCUCGUCCUCCAAGUGAGGAGGACUUGGCCACAUCUCAUGGGCAGGUGUGCAUGAUGGAAUGGUACCUAGCCCUUCUUUGAAGCAUAAGGCAGAGAGCUGGGGAAUGUUGUGUGGAUGCUUUGGCAUGCACAGGUAAUUCACUGCUUGAGACGCUCUUAGGAAUGGGGUGAAGUUGGCAAGCAAUGGUGAGAGGAGGAGGGGCUGGAGGCAUUUCCCCAGGUCAUACUGCAAAGUAACAGUUCCAGCUGCUUCUUUCAGUUCACAAAAAGGACCUCUCAGAUGAUGAGUUUAGUGAAGAUGAGGAAGAUUUUAGUGAGGAGGACGAGUCCAUGGAAGAGGAGGAAGGGGAGCUACCUCCUAUCAAGCCAGCGAAGAAGCAACGCAGAUCUUAGCCUGACAUCUCCCUGAAGGUACGUGUUUGUGGAGAGGUUGGGCAGCUGAGAAACGAGGACAGAUGUCCCCAAUCUGGUGCUCUCCAUAUCUUUUUGGGGGAAAACUCUGUGACCGUUGGCUGUGCUGUUUGGCACAGCAGGUUGAAAAGGAGGCCCACCUGGGGAGAUUGGGGAGGUGGCAUCGUCAGUUUUUGCUCUACUUUGGUGUUCUUCCAGCUACAAGAGCUGACUCUGUGACAGCAGCCAUGCCACCAGAAUUGCUUUUUAAUAUAACCAGGCCUAUCAGCCCUACACUGUCACCCAUUUUCUGGCCUUGGGAAGAAAUAGAGCCAUAGGGAUAAAGGAAGCUGCCGUAUGCAGAGUCCAGUCAGCUCAAUAUUCCCUCUCUGUUUGUAUUUAUACCCCACCAAGGAGCUCAGUCACCACAUACUUUUAUCCUCACAACCACCUGGGAGGUAGAAUAGGCAGAGAGUGAAUGACUGGCCAAAGGUCACGCAGUGAACUUCAUGGCCAAGUGGGGAUUUGAACCCUGCUCUCCAAGGUCCAGCAAUCAAACCACUACACUGAUUGGCAGCAGCUGUGUAGGGGUUCAGAAGGAGGACAUUCACUGCCCUACCUGGAGAUGCUGGGACUUGAACUUUGGGCCUUCUGCACACAGAGGAAAUGCUCUCUUAUCACUGAGCAGUUGGCUUUCUCCAUUGCGUGUGGCUAGCUGUGGUGAAGAAGGCUUAGUGGUUCACCCCUUUUGGUGGGCAGGGUGCAUAGAAGCUUACACCACCGCACAUAAUUGAACUUUUUCUUCCUGCCAGGUGCUGCUGGUUUUCUUCUUCCUAAAAUGCAGUGCUACUGGUCUGCAGCUGAACUUCUUGAAAACCUUUCUUAUAUUUUCUAUACGAAUCUGAUGGCUGCCACAAGUAACUGGUGCUACUGACUACAUGGGGGAAUAGCCUGCUGUUUGGCAAAUCCGAAGACUCCUCAAACACAUUUCCCUCCCCCCCUGAGAAAACUGGUUCCUGUUGUGCCUUCUGGUCAGAUUUUUUUGGUACUUCGAAAGGUGCCCAAACUUACUGCUGCUGUUGAUGUGUAUUAGGUUGUUUUCUCUGCAGGUGAGGCAGUCAAGAGAGGGGUGCAAGUUUUAUGUUCCCUAUGCAUUUUACAUCUUUUUAACGGACAUGUUCCCUAAGGAAUGAGUAAUACCUGUGGAAUGUAAGGUGGUUGGUUGGUUUGUUCGCUUCAAAAAGCAAUAAAAACAUUUUAAAAGAAAUAAAAGAAAUGAGUUACCUGCUGAGCCUCCUUCUCUUGAAGAUUGUGUGCCUUAGUUCUUGGUUUUGGAGUGCCCAGACAGAUUAAUGCAGGGUUUAGUUUCUGAGGGGAAAACCAGAUCUUAUUUUUAAUCAAAUUUUAAAACCAUAUAUGUAUUCAUUCAUAUUAUAUUAGCCACAUUCUAAAUGCCAUUAUUGUAGAGAGUUUUUAAAAGGAUUGCUUCCAACUGAACUCCAUGCCAGGGAGAAGGAAUAGAACCUGUGUUAUGUUCCUGUUGUUUCGUCUCAUCCUCAUCCUUGUCAAGAGCUGUGCGUGAAUUAGUAGUAAGGCAUAGAGCAUAACUGCAUUUGAGACUUGUGGACAUAGUUGUUUUCACAUUGUGCCAUCUCUUCUAACAAGUUUUGCUUUUUCGGAAUAAAUGUGUUUGCAAUA